GUCUCCCUCGAGACGGGGGGAAAGCGGGUAUCCUAGACCUUUGGCACGAAAAUAGGGUUGGGUGUGCACAAGCGGCGCGCCACCCUAUGACGGUCAAUGCUGACGCAGCGCCGCCGCAGGUAAAGCGGAGGUGGGCCGAGGAGGAGGUGGAGCUCCUAGCCCGGACGGAGGCGCGUCUGGCUAGUGUUGGAGGCAGCGCCAUGAACAAUGCGCUUAUGAGGGAGUUGCCUUCUUUGGGGCGCUCCCUCGAGGCCAUAAAAGGGUACCGGAGGAAGGAGUCAUAUAAGAGUCGAGUACAAGCGUACAUAACCGAGAUGGCUUCUUCUCAGGUACCACAAGGGGCGGCGGAAUCGCCGAUAAGGGGCACCCCCAGUAACAGGGCUGCCGAAGGCACGAUGCCGGAGCGGCCUUCCGGAAGGGGAGACGCUUCUGAAGACGGUCCUACUUCUGCGACCCUGCAAGACCCUAUGACGUUCUCCAGUGCACCAGACCAUGCUGGAAUUGUGGAAGACCUCCUUGGGGAGGCGGAAGCAAGGAAGGCAAGGGGUGUGGGGGGGAGGAGAGGGAAGUCGCAGCGAAAGCAUAAAGGAAGGACACCGGCGCACUAUGGGAAAAUCGCGUAUGUUUCGUCUCAAAACUCCGUAUCUCAGUUAUUUCAAAACUAA